UCCCGUCAUCGCCGUUCGAGGGUCUCCACGGUGAUCCGUCCAUCCCGCUCCUCCAGGCCUCGGUACCCGCGGUUUUACUCCAGUGAAAAAUAAAGUUGUUUGAGGAUAUUGGCGCAGAAAACAUCACAAAACUUGGAAUAUUAUUAUUUUUUGUCUACCACCCAACUGCACAAGAUGAAGCUGUGGUGGGGCUGGACGUGUGUGCUGCUCCUCUCCCUCCUGGCUCUCUCUGAGUCCCAGGCUGAAGCUCAGGGUGACCUGGACCUGGAGAUGGAGGAUGAAAUGGAGGAAGCUAUGGUGGAAGACAUGGUAGAAGACAGGGAAGACUCAGCAGAGAUGGAGGGAGAGGCGGAGAUGGAAGGGGAGGCGGAAGAGGAGAAGGGAACCGAUGCCAACGUCUCCUUCCAGGUGACCUACAAGACUCCUGUUCCCAUCGGAGAAGUGUACUUCUCAGAGACCUUUGAUGACGGCUCACUGGACAGGUGGCAGGUGUCAAAGACGAUGAAGGAAGACGCAGACGAUGAAAUUGCUAAAUAUGAUGGUAAGUGGUCUGUGGAGCAGCUGAAGGAGAAUAAAGUACCAGGAGACAUGGGUCUGGUUCUGAAGUCCCGGGCCAAACAUCACGCCAUUGCCUCCCUGUUGGACAGACCCUUCCUCUUCCGGGACGACGCCCUAGUCGUACAGUAUGAGGUGAACUUCCAGGAUGGUAUUGACUGUGGUGGAGCCUACAUCAAACUGCUGUCAGACGAAGAUGACCUGGAUCUGGAUCAGUUUAAUGACCGUACCUCCUACAGCAUCAUGUUUGGGCCUGAUAAGUGUGAUCAGUUUAUCAGACCGUAUUCCUACAGCAUCAUGUUUGGGCCUGAUAAGUGUGGAGAGGACUACAAGCUGCACUUCAUCUUCCGCCACAGGAGCCCUCUGAACAACGACCUGGAGUGA